AUGGACAAAGAGAAAUACUCAUUUGAAGCUAACUUCAAUGAUUCGGAGCUCAUCUUUUCAUCAAGUAAUGAGUCAGAGGUACCAGUAGAUUACACGCCACAAUAUGGUGCUCGCCAGAAACCGAGAUCUGGUAGUAUUCAAUCGGAGGAAAAACACCUCAACGACAAGGAGAUUUUCUCCAUCCGUCAGAUAUAUGGAGAUCUCGAUAGUGAUGAGAUUAAUUUACAACGUACAGCAACAAGACAAACCAUAUUAAGUGAACUAGAAAGCAGGAUUGUUGAUAAUACAGAUGACGACCAAAAGCUGCAGCACGUUUUCGAUAAUGGAGGGGUUAUUGAAGAUCAAAUAUUACCCAUUCAUCAACAUGGCAAAGAGUUUAAUAAAAUUGACCCCGAGUUGAUUACGUGGCAAGGGUCUGAAGAUCCAGAAGAUCCCAGAAAUUGGGAUAUAAGAUUGAAAAUAUUCCUUUUGGGAUUUGUUUCCUUAUACGCAAUGGUCGCCCCCAUGUCUUCAAGUAUGCUUUCACCAGCAAUGAGUAAAAUCAGUCAAGAAUUUGACAUAUCGUCACCGGUAAUGCAAGCUAUGGUUGUAUCUAUUCAAAUUCUUGCUUGGGCUUUCGGACCACUAUUGAUUGCGCCACUUUCAGAACACGAUAACAUCGGUAGGAAGUUGGUUCUUGAUAUAUCUUGUUGGAUGUCAUUAUUUUUCAACCUUGGAUGUGCUUUUAGUGAUAAUACUUUACAAAUGAUGGUUUGUAGAUUCAUUGGAGGACUAUUUGGUUGUGUUCCCAUGAAUGUUUGUGCAGGUGUUAUUUCCGAUUUAUUUGAUUCUCACUCGAGAAACGCAGCAUUAGCUGGAUACUCCUUGGUUCCAUUACUUGGACCAGUCAUUGCUCCAUUGAUGUCGGGGUUCAUUGUUGAUCAUAUGCAAUGGAGAUGGUGUUUUUAUAUUUUGUGUAUCUUUAACGGAACGGUUGCUAUAUUGGCUACUUUGUUGUUUAAGGAAACUUAUGCACCAACAUUGCUCAAAAGAAAAGCUCAAAGAUUGGCUAAAGCGACAGGCAACUCCAAUUUACAUACAAUUUACGAAAUAACCAAUGAUGGGGAAACUACGUGGGCAAGAUUAUUGCUAUGCAUGACUAGACCUAUUGAGUUACUAUUCACUCACCCAAUGGUUAUUGGCUUAGGUUCAUUCAUGGCGUUCACUUAUGGAUUCAUGUAUCUAAUGAUUGUUACAUUUCCUCGAAUCUUUGAAAAACAGUAUGGCUAUAGUAAAAGUAUUACUGGGCUAAUGUAUUUACCAAUGGGCAUUGGGUUUAUCUUGGGAGUUAUAUUCUGGACAUUCAUGGUUGGAAAAGUUUAUACAAGAUUAACAAAACAAAAUCAUGGCAUUCCCAAACCUGAAUUCCGCCUACCUUGUCUUAUAGCGUGUGCCGUAUUUAUACCCGUUGGACUUGUAUGGUUCGGGUGGUCGGCUGAAAAAGGUUUGCAUUGGAUAAUGCCCGGUAUUGGAUCAGCCAUAUUUGCAUUUGGGUUGGUUUGCGUAUUUCAAACAAUUCAAAAUUAUCUCAUCGAUAUGAAUGUUAGAUUUGCUGCUAGUUCAGUUGCCGCUGCUGCAUUGUUCAGACUGAUUUUUGGAUACACGUUCCCUUUAUUUGCUCUGAAAAUGUACGCAGCACUAGGAAUAUCCUCAUUGGUACAAGUAAUGACGUCGACGGCUGAACUUCAGCUACCGCAGCUUAUAGAUCUUCUAAAACUUGAAACGCUUGAGCCGUUUCCGCUUCCAAACAAGCUCAGUUCUCUUCCGAACUCGCAAUUUAGCGAGUUCACCGAAAACCGGCAAUUGAUUACCGGGUAUAUUUCUCAACUAAACAACUAUAAAACAAAGCUUGAUGAAAUCAAAACCACUUUGGCUGAGAUAUCUCAAGCUAUUCUCAAAACGCAGAUUCGUGACUAUCUCAUCCCGAGGUACCAAGAGUUAAUUCUUCAUAUUACAGAACAAAUCUCAAAAUUGACUCAGCUAUAUAACGAAUUUCUCAAUUUGGAAACUAUUCAAUAUCAAUUGUUAUCAUCCACUUUCAAUUUGGACACAUUGAAAUUGAAAUUCAAGAAAAUGAUUGAAAAAAAUGACCUGGAGAGUAUUGAUAUAGCCAGGGGCUUUGAUGGUGGUGGUAGUGAUGAUGCAAAUAUGGUGAAAAUGUUACUGGAAUUUAGAAAGAGUAGAAAGUUAUAUCAUUUCAGAAAGGAGAAGUUGAAUCGAUGGCAAGAAGAAAGAGUUGGUGGAUUUAUGUAA